GUGGGGAACGUGAAGCAGCUGGGCUGAGUGCGCCGCAGGAGCCGAGAAAGCCUCCAGGGAAUCGCUGGGGAGGGUGGGACGCAUCCCGGGUCAGAGGAGCAGCUUCCCGCGGGCAGCAAAGCCUCAGGCACAUCACGCAACCAGCUCGAGGAGAGAGAGGCUGAGCCUGGGUUCCCUGCAGAGUCGCCCGGGCUGAGCGGGAGGAAGCUCCAGGUGUGAGGCCACGAGUGAAGGGAAAGUGACCCUCCAGGGAACCGAAGAGGCAGAGCAGCUGCUGAAGUGCAGGGAGCGGGAAGAUACCCGAGUAGCAGCUUCCCGCCGCCUCCAGCCCGGGCCGUAGCCGGAACAGCAGAGGGAGGAGCAACAGCUGCCAAAUUCGCCAACUAGAGAAGGGGGAGGCGGAGCUUGGGUCCCUGUAGAAGCCGAAGGCGCAGCCUGGACUGUAGUUUCCCGGGAGAGACGAGAACAGGAGCGAGAGCAGAGCAGAGCGGAGCGCAGUCCUCCGAGCAUCAGCUCCAGCAUCCCGCCAGGGGUUGCAGGUGUGUGGGAGGCUUGGAACUAGUGCAGCAUGACUUUCCUUGGACUCUUCUCUCUGCUGGUUCUGCACGGCAUGGCUUGGGGGGCCACUUUCCCUGAAGAAACUGUUGCCGAGCUGUCAGUGAAUAUGUACAACCACCUCCGAGCCACUGGAGAGGAUGAAAAUAUUCUCUUCUCUCCACUGAGCAUUGCCCUUGCCAUGGGAAUGAUGGAACUGGGGGCGCAAGGAUCUACAUUGAAAGAAAUUCGCCAUUCCAUGGGCUAUGGCAGCCUGAAAAAUGGAGAAGAAUUUUCUUUCUUGAAGGAUUUUUCUAACAUGGUAACUGCUGAAGAGAGCCACUAUGUAAUGAAAAUCGCCAAUUCCCUCUUCGUGCAGAAUGGAUUUCAUAUUAAUGAGGAGGUUUUGCAAAUGAUGAAAAAAUACUUUAAUGCAGAAGUAGAUCAUGUGGACUUCAGUCAGAAUAUAGCCGUGGCCCACCACAUCAAUAAGUGGGUGGAGAAUAACACAAACCAUCUGUUAAAAGAUUUGGUAUCCCCAAGAGAUUUUGAUGCUGUCACUCACCUGGCCCUCAUCAAUGCUGUCUACUUCAAGGGGAACUGGAAGUCACAAUUUCGACCUGAAAAUACUAGAACUUUUUCCUUCACUAAAGACGAUGAAAGUGAAGUCCAAAUUCCAAUGAUGUAUCAGCAAGGAGAAUUUUAUUAUGGGGAAUUUAGUGAUGGCUCCAAUGAGGCUGGUGGUAUUUACCAAGUCCUAGAAAUACCGUAUGAGGGAGAUGAGAUAAGCAUGAUGCUGGUUCUGUCCAGACAGGAAGUUCCACUGGCCACUCUGGAGCCAUUGGUCAAAGCACAGCUGAUUGAAGAAUGGGCAAACUCUGUGAAGAGGCAAAAAGUCGAAGUAUACCUGCCCAGGUUCACAGUGGAACAGGAAAUUGAUUUAAAAGAGAUUUUGAAGGCUCUUGGAGUAACUGAAAUUUUCAUCAAAAAUGCAAAUUUAACAGCCCUGUCUGAUAACAAAGAGAUUUUCCUUUCCAAAGCCAUUCACAAGUCCUUCAUAGAGGUUAAUGAAGAAGGCUCGGAAGCUGCUGCUGCAUCAGGAAUGAUUGCAAUUAGUAGGAUGGCUGUGCUGUAUCCUCAAGUUAUUGUCGACCAUCCAUUUUUCUUUCUUAUCAGGAACAGGAGAACUGGUACAAUCCUCUUCAUGGGACGAGUCAUGCAUCCUGAAACAAUGAACACAAGUGGACAUGAUUUUGAGGAACUUUAAACUUAACUUCAUCUGAAUAAUAAGGAAAACAGUAACCAAGCACAUUAUGUUUGCAACUGGUAUAUAUUUAGAGUUUGUGUUUUAGAGUAUAUCUUAAGAUAAUAUUUAAAAUAGCUCCAGAUAAAAACAAUGUAUGUGCACUAGAAGUCAAUUUGUCAAGGAAUGUUAUUGAUAUUAAGAUAAUGGUCCUGUUAUGUCGAUGUGUUUGUUGUGCUGUUGUUUAAAAUAAAAGUACAUAUCGAACAUGUAAA